AUGUCUGCUUGGAACGGCCAAGACUCACGGUGGAUCAGUUGCUAUCCCGAGGACGAGCGCGCACGCGGGCAGCACGGGCAGGGGUGGGGCGAGUACGGCCACCAGCCUCACGCCGGACCGAGCGACGGCUGGAACCGAGGCGGGCAGUACCUUGAGCGAGGUGCAACCAGCUUCGACCCCGGCCCUCACCACCCACCGCCUCGUCUCGCAAACGAGCCCUACUUCCCCAACCCGCACUGGUCGCACAACUUUGCCGCCCCUCCCGCACCUACCCCGCAAGCCUACCUCGACUACGGCCGCCCAUGGGUCCCGCCAAUGCCCGCCUACAACCCGGCCUUCGACCACCACUUCAACCCCUUCUCCGCCCCUUUCGUCCCCUUUGCGCCCUUCCACCCGACCCCGCCCGCCUUUGCGCCAGGCGGCUUUUCGCCGAGUAGCUCGGCUGCGUACGAGCGCACAGGCGGCGACGACGGCGGCGCCCGGCAGCGAGAUGACGGCCGUGCCGCCGGGUCCCGGGACGGCCAGGCGCCGUCGAGUCGCGGCGACAACUCGGACCGGCCGUACCGCCUGCACGAUCGUCGAGACGAGCCUCGUGUGCCGCUCCCUCGUCGGUCCAACUCGCCGGCCCGCAGGCGCGGCGAGUCGAGGUCACGGUCGCCCGAGCCGUACGUCGCCGCUCCCGCGCCGUACGGGCCCGACGGCGAGUACGUCCCGCCCACUCGUCGCGUCCGCAAAGACGUGCGCUCGGCGCCUGUCGUCCCGCCGGCCGAGACGUACCUCGCCGCGUCCUCCCUCCCCUCGACGACCCUCCCCCUCGACCAACCGCUCGACCCGCUCUACCUCGUCAUGGACCUCAACCAGACGCUCCUCGCCCGCGCCAAGCGCGACCGCACCUCGUCGAGGUGGCCCAUCGCCCGCCCGUACCUGUCGACCUUCCUGUCGUACAUCUGCACCCGCAACGACGACGGCUCGCCCCGGUUCGAGCCCAUCGUCUACUCGUCGGCGCGCGCCCCGAACGUCCUCAGCAUGCUCGCAGCUCUCCAACUCGUCCCGCCCGAGCGCGCGACGGCCUACGUCGCCGCCUUACCGGCGAGGUCGGGCGCGCGACCGCCGAUGUACGAGCCGCGCCCUGACGAGGGCGACGUCCUGCGCAUGGUCUUUACGCGCUCGAUGAUGGGCCUGUCGAACGCCGACUACCACGGCGACGUCGAGACGGUCAAAGACCUCGGGCGCGUGUGGGAGCUCCUCGACUUUGGGCGCGAGGCCUUCGACGCCGAGGUGCAGCAGGUCGCCGACCGCAAGGAGCAGCUCGAGGCGGCGGCGACGUCGACUGAGCACCGAACGGCGUCGAACGCGGGCUCGCGCACGACCGCCGAGGAGCCGAUGGCGCCGCUCGAAGACGCGCGCGAGGAGCUCACGGGCGAGGCCGCGCGCGUCCGGCACGACCAAGGCCCGGUCCGGCUCAAGAAGAAGGCCAAGGCGCGCUUCAAGCAGCAGCUCGACGAGCAGGGCGCUCGCAGGACGCUCCUCCUCGACGACGAGGCGAGCAAAGCGGCUCAGCAACCCUACUCGCACCUGCCCGUUGCACCGUUCCUCGUCCACCCGAUCCACUUUCCGCCCACGCCCACCGCCGCGUUCGACUCGACCAACCCCGUCUCGGCCCUGUCGCUCGACCCGGCCCACCCGCCCGCGCAAGACUGCGCCCUCCUCAUCACCAUCACGCAGCUCGAGCGCGCCAGGGCCGAGAGCAACGUCGCCGGCUGGGUGCGCGCCGGUGGGCUCGACGCCAUGCGGGACGAGGCGCGCCGAGCGCUCGUCGAGGUGGACGGGCCCGAGGUGUCGGAGGAGCGCGUCGACCAGCAGCUCGUCGAGCAGGGCAGAGCGGUGUGCGCGAGGCUCGGCAUCGAGCUGAGGCAAGAGUGGGACCCGGCGUGGCGCGAAAAGCUCUUGCGCUCGAGGCGCCGGGCAGGGCGCGCAGAGUAGCUCUUGUAGACGGACGAGUGUCGACUCGGGUCUGGCGUGCUGGUCACGCCGGUGCAGUACAAGUUCAGGUUCUCUCG